AGACACAACAAACCCAUCAAGUCACAAUGGCCGCACUAUCCCUACCACGAGCGACCGUCUCUAGGACCCUGUUCCGCAGGUCCUAUGGCACUGUUCAGAAUACCAUUAUUUCUCCUGUGGCCUCCGCUUCGUCGUCAUCCGCCGGGGCAAACAGUGCCCUCCAAGAGGCGGUCUCAGCCACAGCACCUCGGAUGAACUGGACCCGAGAAGAGAUUCAGAAGAUCUACGAUGCACCUCUGACCGAAUUGACAUAUGCUUCCGCUACGGUUCACCGUCGCUUCCAUGACCCCGCCGCCAUUCAAAUGUGCACUCUCAUGAACAUAAAAACCGGUGGAUGCAGCGAAGAUUGCUCGUACUGCGCCCAAUCUUCCCGCUACAAGACCGGGCUGAAAGCCACAAAACUAAGCUCCGUAGACUCCGUGCUUGAGGCCGCCAGGGUCGCCAAGGAGAAUGGCAGCACUCGAUUCUGCAUGGGUGCCGCCUGGCGCGACAUGCGAGGCCGAAAAACCAAUCUACGAAACAUCAAAGAGAUGGUUUCCGGAGUGCGAGCUAUGGGAAUGGAAGUUUGCGUUACUCUGGGAAUGAUUGACGGCGAGCAGGCCAAGGAGCUUAAAGACGCUGGCCUCACCGCUUACAAUCACAAUCUUGACACGUCGAGAGAAUUCUACCCAUCCAUCAUCACCACGAGAUCGUAUGACGAGAGACUGCAGACCCUGGAGCAUGUCCGCGAUGCCGGUAUCAACGUCUGUUCGGGUGGCAUUCUGGGCUUAGGUGAACAGGACUCCGACCGCGUCGGGUUGAUACACACCGUCGCCACAUUGCCAUCUCACCCAGAGUCUUUCCCCGUGAACGCGCUCGUACCUAUCAAGGGCACCCCCCUGGGCGAGCGGAAAAUGAUCUCUUUUGACAAGGUUCUCCGAACCGUGGCUACGGCUCGUAUCGUUCUGCCCAUGUCCAUUGUCAGAUUGGCCGCUGGCCGUAUCUCCAUGACCGAAGAGCAACAGGUCACCUGCUUCCAGGCUGGUGCGAAUGCGAUCUUCACAGGAGAGAAGAUGUUAACUACCGACUGCUCCGGGUGGGAUGAGGAUAAGAAGAUAUUCGAUAAGUGGGGAUAUUACCCCAUGGCACCUUUUGAAAGAGGACAGUAUAAAGGAAAGAUGACGGCUCAUACGUCAUCCGCCCCUGUGGCCCCAGAGAAACAGGUUCAAGGCCAGAUUCAGGCAGAAGCGAAUGUAUAGAAGCGCUU